AAGUGAACUCGGUCAACUUCCGAUUUCCGUCCUGGCUGGUUUACGCAACAGACCAAGACAGACGGUAUCGAGGAGGAAGAAAUUUUUUUCAAACGAAAAGAGAGAAAGCAUUUUCGGGUGAGAAGAUGCUGCGCGUCGUAGCGGCACGUAUGGCCUCGGCGAUGGUGCCCCGAGUGGCGGUUACCAGCGUCGUCGGCACCCAGAGCGUCAGGGCGUCCCACGGUCCCAAAGAAACAGACGAGGAGUUCGAUCAGCGAUACGUCAACUUCUUCAGCCGCAACGACAUCGAUAGCUGGGAGAUCCGAAAGGCCAUGAAUGACCUGGCUGGUAUGGACAAUGUACCGGAACCAGUCAUUAUAUGUGCAGCAUUAAAAGCUUGCAGAAGAUUAAAUGACUUUGCACUGGCUGUAAGAUUCCUAGAAUCUGUGAAAGAUAAAGCUGGACCACAUGUUGACAAGAUUUAUCCUUACAUAAUUCAAGAGAUUAGACCAACUUUAGAUGAGCUAGGCAUCAGCACACCCGAGGAGCUAGGUUACGACAAGCCAGAAUUAGCCUGUGAAUCAGUGUAUCAUAUGUAACAGGUUAAAAAUUAUACUAUAAAUACUAGUAUUUAUGUUCUCUUAGCUGCUGUCUCAGGUGCAUAUAAUAAGGAGUAAUUAUCAACAAAGCUGAACUAUACUUUCCAUGUACCUUGUCAGCAGCAUUGUUGAAUAAAAAAAUUGCCACAAUUAA